ACAAGACUCGAGAGCUCGUCCCCAGACCAACUGUGCGACAUUAUAUCUGCGCUUCACACCGGAGCAGUUGAGGUAGGCUCAGUCACGCUCGCGGAUGGCGUUAAGCUGCAAGUCGACGAGGUAGAGAGGGAGUUCACGCUUGCAAUUAGUGCUCGGUUUGGGAUUGAUGAAUUCCAGUCGUUUGUUCUCCUUCGAUCGUUCCUAUACAAUGAAGGUCUCUUGAGCAAUGGAGGCUCGACUGACAAAGGUGUUGUGAACGAGUUCAUCCCAGCAAUCAUUCCGUUCUACUUCUCCUAACACCUCUUCGUAUUACGCGUCCACAUCCCACUGUUUCGUGCCCACGAGAACACUGGCGACUCAAUACAUGCCGUUGCCACGAAGUGUAUUCCCAACAUCCUACAAGACAGCCAUCAAUUCGCACUCGACCUCAUAACAGAAUAUCUUCGCAAAACGGAGGUGGACAUCCUGGAGGUUCUGCGUGCUGAUGCAUGCAUUGCCUCUUGUUGGGCUAAGCAGGACAUGAAGGAGCAACUGGCGAUGCUAGAGGUCCUCUUUUGGACAGUCUGGGGAUAUGUUCCUUGCGAUGAACCUUUGGCUUCGUCAUGUUCACAAACUCUUUCACUUUUCUUCUCGUACGAAUUCAGUUCCUGCUAUACAGCCUCGCGAUCCAUGGGAUUUCCCUGCUACUCGACCUCGCCGCAGGUCGCAACUCAGUUUGAUCA